AUGGCUGCUUUCAAAAAGCUCGUGCGGUUCUCCACUGGCUCUCAAGCCCAUUAUGGCGACCUGCUUGCAGUGACCGACAACAAGUACACUGUCCGAAAACUGAAGGGAGCACCGUUCACGACUUUGGAGCAGACAGAAGAGAUUGUCCAAAUCGACAGACUCGAGACGCCGAUUGAAAAUACACCGAUUGUACUCUGCAUCGGACUGAACUAUAAGCAGCAUGCCCAGGAAGCAAAUCUGCCGGUUCCCAAGUAUCCUACAGUAUUCACCAAGCCUGCUGAUGCUCUUGCUGGCCCUUUUGAUGCAAUCGACAUCCACCCUGAUGCACACGAGCUCCUCGACUACGAGGGCGAGCUCACAGUCGUGAUCGGACGAGACGCCAAGAACGUAUCAGAGGAAGACGCAUUGGAUUAUGUUCUUGGUUACACGGCCGGAAACGACGUGUCUGCUCGUAAUUUCCAGGUCCCAGAGGCCUCGGGAGGACAAUUCUGCUACGCAAAAUCAUUCGACGGUUUCGCCCCUAUUGGCCAUGCCAUCGUUGCUGCUCGGGAUAUCCCCGAUCCGCAGAAACUACAAUUGACCACCAAGGUCAACGGGGUGGUCAGGCAGAAGACCAGCACUGGCGACAUGAUCUGGAGUGUCCGACAGAUUAUCAGUCAUCUGUCCCGCGGGACUACACUCCGACGAGGCACUUUAAUCAUGACGGGGACUCCGUCAGGCGUGGGAUAUUUCCGGAAAGAAUUUCUGAAAGACGGCGACAUUGUCGAAGUGGAGAUCGAGGGCGUCGGAGCGACCAAGAACCGAAUCCGCCAUUAUUAG